AAGUGUAGCGAACUUAACCCGGCAGAGUCAAAGUACAUCCUGAAGCCGGACUGACCGCGGGGUCGUUGCCCCGGCUCCGGUUGUUCUUGUUGCCUCCCUCGGUGAGAGUUAACAUGGCUCCGCUCCGGUUCUGUGCGAACAUCUCCUGGCUGUUCACGGAGCUGCCAGACUUCAGUCAGAGGAUCUACGCGGCUGCCGCGGCGGGCUUUCAGGCUGUGGAGGCAGCCUGGCUCUACGACUGCGACCUGCAGGAGCUCCAGAGGGCCAGAGAGGCUACAGGGGUGGAGGUGGUCCUCAUCAACACUCCACAGGGAGAUGCAAAGGCAGGUGAUCUUGGUCUCGGAGCAGUUCCUGGAAGAGAAGCCGAGUUCAGACAGGGUCUGGAUCUGUCCUUGAAGUAUGCCAGAGCUCUGGGGUGCAAAAGGAUCCACCUGAUGGCAGGGAGGGUCCCUGUGGGCUUACAAAGAACAGCGGUUGCCAAGGAGAUGGAGGGCGUCUUUGUGCAGAACCUAAGCUAUGCUGCUGAUGUCCUCUCGAAGGAAGGAAUCACUGGUUUGAUUGAGCCAAUCAACACGCGGAUUACAGAUCCCAGGUAUUUCCUGGACUCUCCUCAUCAAGCUGCUGCGAUCCUGGAGAAGGUUGGAAAAGCAAACAUCAAACUGCAAAUGGACGUCUUCCACUGGCAAAUUAUGGAUGGAAACCUGACACAAAACAUAGAAAAGUAUUUCCACAUAAUCGGUCACACUCAGAUCGCUCAGGUUCCAGGCAGGAACGAGCCCGACAGCGCCGGAGAGCUCAACUACAGCUACCUGUUCAACACGCUGGAAAACCACGGCUACCAGGGGUACAUCGGCUGUGAAUACAAGCCACAGCGCUCCACGGAGGAAGGUCUGGGCUGGCUCAAAGACUACCGCACACACAGCAAGUGAUGAGCCCGGCUGUCCAAUCACAGACGCGCGAACACGUUAUGAACAUAUCAGUUUCAUCACAGUUAUUUUUAACCUUUUUUAACAAGGUUUGCUUGACUCAGGCAAAUAUGAUCUCAGGCAGAAAGAAAUGAUCGUGUUAAUUGGAGUCGAGUGAGCUCUUAUUUGAAAAUAAAACCAACGUGACUAGAUGAGAAUUUUCUCCCAUGAUUCUUUUUUUUUUUAUUUCUUAAAAAUGAUGAAGUGGAAGAAGCAAAGACCGUCUGGAGACUCAGACUGCUGAUGAUAAAGUCUUGACUGAUUCCACAGUUCAGCUCGGCAGCUGCUCUACACGUGACAUCUGUUGGACUAUUGUUGGAAGUCAUUGAGUAGCAAAGCAUAGAAUCCAUAUUUCGCAGCAGAGCUGUACGUUUGGCCCGUCGAGGUCAAGUCCUGGCCUCUGUAGUCGGACUGUGCACCCAAACCAAACCCUCCUGGAUGAGUUCAGUUAUUUCCAGUGAUUGGAGCUCUUCCCGUGACUUGAUUGACCUCCCCACACUCUAUUGUCAGCUUUGUCGGGCGAGACAAAUUACCUUUGUCAUUAUUAGUACACGGAGUUCAACUCGCUUUAAACCUGCAGAAGUUUAAUCGACCAGAAUAAGUGGAAACCUUGGAUGCUCUCGGAGGUUUGACUGGCUGAGCGUCGGCGGUAUUCCGUGCAGGUUUUCUGCCCUCGUUUUUGGCGGUUGCACAAAUUGGCGGUGCUACGUUUGUGAUACGACUUUGAUAUUCAUUCACUUUUUUUCCAAAGCUCAGUCAUACAGCCAUGGUGAUGGAGACUUAA